GGUCCGGGGCAGGGCGGUGAAACAGCCCGUGUCGUCGCCUGAUGAUCACAUCUUUAUUUUAGACAACGCGAAGCCCCACUACCAGACGAUCCCGGACGGUGCAGGCGAAAGUGCCAUUCAUUCAAACAGGUGUGCAGCAGCACCGAGCAGAUCCCAGGUGGCGAUGCUCGGAUAAGCGCGUGCACGCAGCCUGUCCACCGCCUAACGCGAGGAUCUCUGCUCAUCGGAGGUUCAUCAACCCCGCACCAGAAAACAGGGUUUAUUGAAAGAAAGUAGGUCGGUGCAGAACACACAGGCAACGUUUGUGUGUGUUCGUGCUCUUUGUUGUUAAGCGAGGACUCCGUCCCCCCCCCCCCCCGUUCCCCAUUCUACCCUCCAAGUCGUUUACGCACAGGUGGGAGAGACCCGCUCCGCGUAGGACAGCCCCCUCUCUGUUCCUCACUGGAGGAGGAUGCGAGCAAGUGACAUUUUGCCGUUGCGGUUCGGGACAGCACAGCAUCUCUGCAAACAGGUGUGUACCGGCUGAACCCGAUCACUUUCAUGGUCGUUUUCUCGUUCGCGAGCACAAGGAAGAGAGAAUCCCCAUCGUCGCGUGAACCGACCUCGACGCGGGACGGGGGGGCUGGAGAAGAGGAUCGACACACACACACACACACACACACACACACACACACACACACACACACACACACACACACACACACACACACACACACACACACACACACACACACACACACACACACAGAGACAGACGCUGAAGCCCGUUUAUUGAGCCGCUUCGUCCUAUAGCGAGUUAAGAGAGCGAGCGAGAGGAGAGGAGCAAUGGCAACGAAGAAGGCGUGCAUGGAUGUGCCCAAACGGAGCCGGAGUCCGGUGGUCCUGGAGGCGGAGAUGUUUAGUGAAUUUCAAGACUGGUGUCUCAGGACAUAUGGAGACUCGGGGAAAACAAAGACGGUCACCCGGAGAAAAUACAACAAAAUCAUGCAGACAUUGUUACAGAACGACGAGUCGGACGGCGUGUAUGUCGACAACAGCCACAUCAACGCCAAAUUUAAAUUCUGGGUGAAGUCUAAAGGAUUCCAGGUCGGGAACAACGUCCUGGGAGAGCACAACAAGAAGGGGACGUCAGGGAAGCCGGUUCUAUACGUCCCGGUCAAGUCAACGGUAAAGUGUGCGUAUGAGUGUGUGUGUGUGUGUGUGUGUGUGUGUGUGUGUGUGUGUGUGUGUGUGUGUGUGUGUGUGUGUGUGUGUGUGUGUGUGUGUGUGUGUGUGUGUGUGUGUUAUUGUGUGCGCCUGUGUGUGUGUGUGUGUGUGUGUGUGUGUGUGUGUGUGUGUGUGUGCGCGCGCGUGUGUGUGGUUGUGCGUGUGUGUAUGUGUGUCUACAGAGAGAGAGGAAGAGAAUGCGUGCGCGUGGACGCGCGCAUGGGGUGUCCCGUCGCCGCCUCUGAUCUCCAGCAGGUCCAAACGGGACGAGGAGGCUUCAGUGCGUGCGAAGGGACGGCUGGGUUCUAUACCUACGAGCAAGUCCAUGAUGUGUCAAAUAUUUCAAAUAUGUCAGUGUCCCUAGCCGAAUCAUCAAUUACAAUACGUCCGCCCUGGCGCAUGAAGAAAGGCGGUUUUGAGAUCCGACCGACGCCUCCUCACCUCACUUCUGCCAUGGCGGAAAACAUACUCGCGGCCGCCUGCGAGAGCGAGACCCGCAACGCUGCCAAGAGGAUGCGCCUGGACGUCUACCAACCCACGGAGGAGCCGGCCAGCCUGGAAAAGCCCGCCUCCAGAGAGCCGGCCCCCCCGACCAGCUUCUCCACCGCCGCCUCGGCCUAUGCCCAGGACCUGCUCUACACCAACGGAGGCCUCAACUACAACGUCGGGGGCUUCGCAGCGGCCAGCGCCAACCAGCAGACCAGCCCUGCUGCAAUCACCAACGGCCCCACAGAUCUGAGUAUGAAGUCCGUGACCCCAAACUGCUCCUCCUCGAGCUCCAACAGCCACGGCCAGGGCGGGGGCGGGGGCGGGGCCUCGGCCCAGCUCAGCCCCCCAGAGGUCACGGCGGUGAGGCAGCUCAUCGCCGGCUACAGGGAGUCCGCCGCCUUCCUGCUGCGCUCCGCGGACGAGCUGGAGAACCUCAUCCUGCAGCAGAACUGAGCCUGAGCUAGGCUAGGCUAGGCUAGGCUAGGCUAGGCUAAGCUUAGCCAAGCUAAGCUAGGAUACACCGUGCCAACACCUUCUCUCCGAGGCUGUCUGUCUGCAUCACUCUCAAGUCACAUGGUUGGAGGGCGGGGGGAAGACUAUGAAUUCCUUUACGAAGGCACAAAAACGUUCAAGGGUACAAACUACAGCGCACAAUCGGUCCUGUAGGAGCGGUUCCUUUACCUAAUUGAUGUUUUGUAUUUGAAAGAAAUUUAUCCAAGGAUUGAAAUAUAUCUGUUUACGUUAUGCAUUCAGUUAAGUUUGACCUUAGUGCCACAUUAUCUCAAACCCAUCACCUUUUCCAGCUAAUUCACAUCCCAUCUCUAUUCCCCUCCUUCUCAGGUCUUAAUCUUAAGUCAAUUAGUGCCCGUUAACCCAGUAGAGAUGCAGUGAUCUACCUGGAUCACUGGAUCUGGACAAUUAUCUGCUGAUUACAAAGUACCAGAUUCCCUAAAGUGUGUACAAUUUGGGGGGUAAAAUGGCAUCGUAAAACUACUUACAUUUAUUGCUGCUACAAAUGUGGCAAACUGCCGCUGAACUGCAAACCUCAAUGGCCUGGAUGUGUUGACGUGUAAACACACAAAAGAAAACGCAGAAACACAAGGAGAGGUGGAAUUUAGAAAAUAUAUCAGACAUCUUUCACUCGGGACAUAAUCCGUUUCUGUCUUUCAAAUGACAAAUCUCAAACAAAUCAAUUAACUUUCAUGGAAUCUCUUUCUCCUCUUCUAUUUCGGUGUCUUAUGAUUAGUAGUUGUGUAUUUGUUAUCAUGACUAUCUUUUUGUCAUGCAGACACCUGUCAGGGAAAAGGAGAUUGAAAUAUUGAUUAGUCAACGUUCAGAGAAAAGGUGCAAUAUUUGAGAUAAUCAGUAGAAGAAUCACAAGAGGAAGGAAAAAUAGAGUGACUUUAUCAAUCUGCUGUUCUUUAGUCUGAGAGCCUUCGGGGAGAGUUAAUGGGGAGGAAAGCAGGGGGUACAAUGCCACUUUCUUCUCCUGUUUCCACUGUUAAAGAAGUACAACGAUUUAUCCCAUGCAGCAUUGUAGCCGAUUUCAAUGUUGUUGUUUCUUUUUGUUGUGAGCACUGAUCUUUAUCUCCAACCUCAUGUCUGAGACACUUUUAUCGACUGAAACCAAUCGUUCAGGCGUGACUAAGAAAAGGGACCUGGUUAAAAAAAAUUAUUGUGAUUUAUUGUUGAACGUCUUUUUUUUACUCUAGAGAUUUUUUGGGUCAUUUUGUGCAGAGAUUGUUCAGUGAAAAUAGUUUUCUUGUUUUUUUCUAAUGGCGCGUUGAGCUUACAUGUAGCCAUCUAGGGAGGCAGCCGCUAGCAUGAGGUUGUGUAGAACGAAAUGCAUUACGCUGCUAGCCCGCCUCUCUCAUAUAAUAUAUAUAUAUAUAUAUAUAUAUAUAUAUUUAACCCAUCUUUUUUUUCCACAACAUUGAUGAUAUUCCUCUGUUACCACAUCCCUACAUGUCCACACCCCUGUCAUGAUGAAAACAAAAUACUGUUAAAAAAAAAAGCAAAAGACAAUCUUUGAAAAAGAUGUGAUCACAUCACAGUUUACGCUGACAACAUUGCCGCAAGGGUGGUGUGUGUGCGCGCGCGCCUGUGUGUGUGUGUGUGUGUGUGUGUGUGUGUGUUGGAGAUCAGAGAGCACACAGAGUAUACCCAUAGCCAGACGGAGAGCACAGUCUCAGCGCAGACACUUGACUUUACUGGUUGAAUCAGUGGAGGACUCAGCACAAACGCAGCCGUGUUGGUGUACGUAAAUGUGGUUCUGUUGUGUAUUUUAUUUAACAUUUCUUUGUUUUUACCCUUUGAUGUAAGUGUUAGCAUUAACACCUUUGUUGGAUUGUGUGAAAUGGAGUGACCCUUUCAUAGCUAUUUUGUAGUGAAUGUGUGUGAGUGAACCUGUGAAGUGAUUCAGUGGUCGGAAACAUUCCAAACGAAACAAAGUCUCUUCAUCAAACAGCGAACCUGGCCCACGCCUUGUUGCUUUGGCGAUUAUAUUUCUGUAUUUAUUACAAAUCCCAACCAUAUCAGCUAGCAUUUGUAAUACAUGACCAGUGUAUCGCUGCCCAUGCAUAUGUUGAUGUCACGCAAUGAUAUUAGGCCUGUCAUGUGUUACACAAAGCCUGAGGCAGAGCAGAUAUCACAAACCCAUUAUCAAUUGGACCGCGUUACAUUUGAAUUGUCAACGAUAUUAUCUAUUGCAAGUUUGUAAGCACUUUAUAGCUCAGGAUUAAGGUAACACAAUACAGUGAGGUGUGUCUUUACCUCACUUGGAAUAUCUGUUCCAGUCCAGCAUUUCCUGGACAGGUAGCACACUGGACCAUUGUAAUCUGUGUGCAACUGUGUCUAUUGAUAUAGAAGUACAUUUGGGUACAGAAAAAAAUAAUAACCACUUUAUUAUCAGUUUCAGUUUAUCUUCUUUUUUGCAUUUGUAGAUUCAAAAUGGAAAGUAAUUAACACACAGUAGAAAAAAACAUGGAGUUUCUGAACUUGCCACCCUGGUCCCCACAGACGUCUUCCUUUUUUGUCCUCCAACUGCUUUGUGUUAACCAGCUAUUACAGUAGCCAUGGCAACCGCACGAUGGCUCUCCCACGCAUUUUCUAAAAGCAACGCUAAAAGUGAAGCUUGUGCGCGGUGGUUCCACAUCAUCCGUCAUCUCUUACUGCCGUCUCUCCAAAGCUCUCGUCCCCUCAAUAUUUUUGCUUGCAGAUUUGUAUCGAUGUCUUUGGGUCUACACUGAGAACGAACAUGUGGGUCUGUGCUGGAGUUACUGUGAACGAGGAGGACCAAACCCCUGGUAGACAUCUUUUUUUGUAAUGGCCAAUCGAAUUUAUCUUUGUAUUGACUGGAAAAUGUAACGUAUUGAUGUUAAUGAAAAUUGCCCUGGUAGUUUGUGGAUUGCUCAAGUGGUCAGAUAAAUGUACUGUAUAGCUGUACAAAGAGUGAUAAAAAAAGACAUGUUUGAAACAUUUCAUUUUCCUGUGAGUACAGCACUGUUUUGAAAAAAGUGGUUUUUUAAACCCUUGCCUGUUAUGACUUUAUUUGGUGGUUCUCUGUAAGAUUUUUGUUAUUGUUAUUUAUAUGAUUUUAUUUGUCACCUCCCCUGCACUGAAAAGAGAUUGUAGCUUUGUGCAAGGGGUAUAUUCCAGUGUGAAGCUUCGUAAUUCCCCCUCUGGUUUUGGACUCAGUGAAAGUGUGAUGUUUACAUGUACAGUUUUACAACUUGCUUUUUUCUCUGUUUUUUAUUUCUCACCUUUGCCACAAUCUGCGUACUUUUUUUUUUUUCAUAUUUACUUUUAUAGUUGAAUCCAAUGCAGAUGUGACCACUUUGACCUUUGACCCUUUGCGGUCGGAGUGGGCCGUUACGACUGGGAUCGGUGGUGGCUAAGCGCCUCAAACUGUCAAGUCUUAAGUAAAGGGGAGCUUCACGACAUCUCAAAGUGGACCAUUUAGUAUUUAUCAAGUCAGCUAGAUUAGUAAAACUAAUAUCGGAAGACAUUGUGGUCAGGAAAAUAGUUAAUUGUUAAACUAACCCUUUGGGAUAGAAUCCAUCAUGUACUAUUGAAUUGCUCAGAAUAAUGUAUUGUUGGGCCCGUGUCGCAAGGUGAGACCACUCACCUGGGUGGUGUUCACUUUGACGUGUUGUAAUCUCUCCUUGGUAACAUAAAAGCCAUUCCCCUCUCCUGGCCUUCAAAGGGGGAACCCAUAAACCUCAGGAAAUACUGAAUCUUCAAGUUACGUUUUUAUCCAUGAAUCUAAAAACUCACAAAAAAAAACGUCUAAGCCUCGACCGAAAACCAUACCAUUUAUACAAGAUGUCUAUUGUUUUGUACAUUUAUCAUUGUGAUUUCAAAGUGAGCUUUUUACAGUAUCUGUGACUUAAUAUUUUGAUUUUUGGAGUGUUUAUACGUCUGGAUAUUUAUUAUUAUAUGUGAAAGGACAAAAAAACUAAAAAAGUAGAAAAUCGAAAAAGGCUGAACCCGUUUCAUUUGUAUGUUUCAUGCAAAGCUGUCCGGCGGGAUUCUCUCUGCCUCUUACAUAUCAGCCACUAACGAGAGACUUGUGUUUGUUUGGAGAUAGCUUUUUUCAGUGUUGCAUCAACGCUAUGGUGAAAAAAACAGCAAGUGGCAAGGCUCUCUUCUUCUUCUGAGAUGUCAGUAAUUCAAUAAAAUAGUGCGACGAGUUAUCAAACUCCAAACACGGCUUGUUCAUUGGAUCUAUCUGUCUGUUCCUCUUUCCAUCCCUCUCGCUGUCAUUGCCUAAUUUCUGUACUUUUUCAUUUGUGAGUGGCUCAGUCCACAAGAGAGCAGUAGACUCCAAGAGAGAGAUUGGAAUAGCAGGGUAGGUUUUGUUUUAUUAUUCCAGUGAGAAGAGAAAACCACUGGAAUAAAGUGAUGUCAAACACACCUCUCUUCUCCAAAUUAGAUAAGAUUCACUCACACACACACACACACCCACACACACACACACACCCACACACACACACACACACACACACACACACACACACACACACACACACACACACACACACACACACACACACACACACACACACACACACACACACACACACACACACACACACACACACACACACACACACACACAGAC